AUGGAGUCUUCCUCCUCUUUUCGAUUCAUACCCCUCUUGAUUCUUACCCACACUAUGUUUUUCAAUUUCAAACCAGUUGGAGUUGUCCAUGUUCCCCAAGAUCUUUAUACUAGACCAGGAAAUAGCUCUGAUCUUUAUACCAGAUCAAGAAAUAGUUCGAUUUCUCCUCCUCCUCCACCACCACCACCGUCUCCAUUUCUUCCCCCUCCGCCACCUCCACUGCCUCCUUCACCCGUUCCGGCGCUGUUCGUUAUUGGUGACUCCUCUGUUGAUUGUGGGACCAAUAAUUUUCUUGGAACAUUUGCACGAGCAGAUCGUCUUCCUUAUGGACGUGACUUUGAUACCCAUCAACCCACCGGACGAUUCUCCAACGGAAGAAUCCCUGUCGAUUAUCUUGCAUUACAUCUAGGCCUCCCAUUUGUCCCAAGCUUCUUAGGUCAAAGUGGUUCUGUUAAUGACAUGAAACGCGGGUUGAAUUAUGCAUCUGCUGGUGCUGGAAUCAUCUUCUCCAGUGGAUCAGAACUGGGUCAACACAUAUCUUUCACUCAGCAAAUUCAACAGGUUAUGGAUACCUUCCAACGGUUCAUACUAACAAUGGGUGAGGCUGCAGCAUCAAGUCUCAUCACAAACUCCAUUUUUUACAUUUCAAUCGGGACUAAUGAUUACAUACAUUACUAUUUGCCCAAUGUAUCCGAUGUACAAUCCAAAUACGUCUCAUGGAAAUUUACACAGUUUUUAGCCCAAUCAAUGAAACAAGAGAUAAAGAAUUUGUACAAUGCGAAAGUGAGGCGAGUGGUGGUGAUGGGACUAGCUCCAAUCGGGUGUGCCCCAUACUACCUAUGGCAAUACAACAGCACAAACGGGGAAUGUGUGAAGGAGAUAAACAACAUGAUAAUGGAAUUCAACUUUGUUCUAAGAUACACAGUGGGAGAGCUUCGUAAAGAACUCAACAAUUCCAAUAUCAUCUUCUGCGACGCAUAUCUUGGUUCCAUGGACAUCAUGAAGAAUUUUGACCAAUACGGGUUUAGCGUUAUGAAUUCUGCAUGCUGUGGUUUAGGGCGAUAUAAUGGUUGGAUCAUGUGUAUAUCACCUGGAAUGGCUUGUGAGAAUGCUUCAGAUCAUCUAUGGUGGGAUCAAUUUCACCCCACAUCUGCUGUGAAUGAGAUUUUAGCAGAGAAUGUGUGGUCUGGAUUGCAUACGAAGAUGUGUUAUCCAAUGAACAUGAUGGAUAUGGUAGCUCAAAGGGUUUUCACCCAUUGA